CUCUUUCGCAACCACUUCUUUUGAUCGCACAGGUCAAUUCGGCAAUUCUUUGCAACAGUAACGAAGCAAAGUUGUGCGUAACUGAUGGGCUCAUAAAAAUUUUUUAAUUGUUCAAAACCACAAUAAUUUAUCAGAUCCAGAGCAUUUUUCUAGACUGACGGAAAGAUCGCUGCCAGCUGCCAAUAUCCAUCUAUCUACUCUCAACGCUAUAGCACUCAUCUAGGGCCAGCUAUCAUGUUUUAUAGCAGAAUAAUUACUAAACAUCUAAAAAACAUUGCAUUAUUGCGACCUUCACAACUUAUCAAAGCCGAUAAUCGAAGACACUUGUUGCAUACAAGUAUUGCUACAAAGCAUAUGUUUAAAACUUGCCAAUCGACGUCUAUCGUGGGAUCCAAGUAUUUCAGACAUUUGUCAACUUCCAAUAAUCUGCUCACUCAAAGUAAAGUCAUGGCAGGAGAAGGAGAUAAUGGUCUUAAUUUGGGGUAUGAAGAUUUGAUAAAGGCACAAAAAGAUGAGAGUGUUCUGAUCGUUGAUGUCAGAGAGGAUGAGGAAAUUAAGGAAACUGGAAAAUUACCCGGCAGCAUUCACAUACCAAUGGGUCAGGUUGAGGACAUAUUCAAAAACUACUCCGAAGAAGCAUUUUUACGUAAUUACCAGGUACCAAAACCGACCAAAGAUACAAAGAUUAUAUUCAGUUGUCGCUCUGGAAAACGAAGCGCUAUGGUUCAGGACGCAAUUUUAAAACUUGGAUAUCCAAAAUCCUAUAACUACACAGGUGGAUGGCUUGACUGGGAAAGCAGACAAGAAAAAGCUCAAAAAUAAUGUAAAUUGUUUUAGAACUACUGUGUACAAAUUAAUACAACUUUACUCAGACAUUAUAUACAGUAGCAUAAUUCUCAGAAACGUUACAUCAAUUGGUGAAAAUAAAAGCAAAGAUCAUCGGUAA